UCUGUCUUGAUCAAAACGCUGCAAUUUCUCUCACUUUCUCUCUCCAUUUAUAUACGUAUUGUUGACCUAUAUAUAUAUAUAUAUACACCAAUGGAAGUGCCGGAGCUAUUUAUGGGAGGCUACAUUGGCGGAGCCGGAGCCGGAGCCGGCCAAUUCUCGCCUGAAAAGCAGAAGCCAGGGGAGCACUUCAUCAUCGACGACCUCCUAGACUUUUCGAACGAAGACGCCGUUAUGACCGACGGUUUCUUCGACAAUGUUGCCGGUAAUUCUACCGAUUCUUCCAUUGUAACCGCCGUCGACAGCUGCAAUUCCGGCAGCGGACCUCAGUUCUCCGGAAACGUUGGCUCCCGGAGCUUCGGUGAUUCUCAGUUCACCGGCGACCUCUGUGUUCCGUACGACGACUUGGCGGAGCUGGAAUGGCUGUCAAACUUCGUGGACGACUCGUUCUCGGUCCAACAAGACCUUCAAGCGCUCCACUAUCUCUCCGGCUCCAGCACCACUGCUAUUGUCGCCGCCACCAAACCCCAGACCCCCGAAUCAUCCUCCUCCGAAACGCUGCCUUCCCGAAACGUCCCGUUUUUUCAGCCCGAAACACCGCUCCCCGGAAAGGCCCGCAGCAAGCGCUCGCGCGCCGCCCCCUGCGACUGGUCCACGCGCCUCCUCCACCUCCCCACCCCCUCCGAGUCCGACCUCACAAACCAAAAGCCAUUGUCUCCGGCGCCGAAGACGACAUCGUCUAAGAAAAGAGAGAGCAAGCAGAACGACUCGGAGUCCUCUUCGGGUCGGAAGUGUCUGCAUUGUGGGUCGGAAAAGACCCCACAAUGGCGGACCGGGCCCAUGGGGCCGAAGACCCUUUGUAACGCUUGUGGGGUGCGGUACAAGUCGGGACGACUCGUGCCGGAGUACCGACCUGCUGCGAGCCCAACUUUUGUGUCGGCGAAGCACUCCAAUUCGCAUAGGAAGGUCUUGGAGUUGAGGAGGCAAAAGGAGAUGCAAAGAGCUCAGCAGCAACAGUUUCUUAGUCAAAGUUCAAUUUUCGGUGUAUCCAACGGUUGCAGCGACUACUUGAUCCAUCAUCGUAGCGGGCCCGAUUUUAGGCAUUUGAUCUAGUGGGGACUAGUUAGGAAUCAAGGGUUUGCCUCUUUUAAGUUCUUUUUUACCUGUGGGAAUUUUUGCUUUAGAAAUUUGAACUCGUCGGUUCUUCCUUUUUUGGUUCAGAAAAGAAAAAAGAAAAAAGAAAAAGAGAGUAGAAUUAAGUGAUAAUGAGGAGGAGAAAAGAGCGGCGGAAAAAA